GUGGUAAAGAUGGAAAAAAUAUAAAGUUUUAAAAGAUGCAUCACACGAAUCUAAAGAUAAAAACUGCAUCGUCAAUUUAAAUGUGCCUCAAUCAAGUUCAAAGAUCUUGAGAAUGUUAUGAUACUUGAUAUAUACUCUGCAACAAGGUAUAUUUAUAUGAUGGCAUGAUGCCAUGUUGAUCCCAAAGAUUAUCAGGAGUCUUAAUCUGGGACUUGUUUGUGGGGAAAUGGGGGUGUUUAGAGUUUACUAGAUUAAAAAACCCCAUGACCUACUUGGAGAAAAAUACUCAACAUUUGGUAAAAAUAAAGAUUUUUCUUUAGAAUCAAACUGAAUUUUUUGGGUCAACAAAAAGGGAAUAAUAUUGGGUUUAACAACAUCCAUUCUUUUAACCAAAUUCCCUGAUAUUAGCUUAUUGAGCAGAGCUGUGUAACUAUGACGGAAACAGCUGAAGACAUCUCGAUGCGAUAUGAAAACCUGCCUGUCAAUAACCGAGGAUUAUCGAGGUCCGUGGAACACCUUCAUCUGCAGAGCCCCGUCUAAUCUGGAGCGGGAUUUAACAAGCUCCCGACUCCUCCUCAUCGUCAGCCUGUGCGGACGCGGCGCGGCAGAAGUUUGUGUCUCUGCGCGGGUGAAGAAGCGAUGGCCGGGAUUUUGGACUCUGAGUUCCCUCUGAUCAAGCAGAAGCAGCAGAAGGAGCUGGUGGAUCCGAAGAUGCUGUUUGGAGAUCAGGAGACCUGCAGAGAUGGUCGUAGUGAGAGCACUGCGUCCUGUCAGGAGCCGGACAGAUGCCCCGCUUUGAUGGAGGGCCAGAGGAAGAGGAAGAGGACCAUAUUUAGCCGAGCCCAGCUGUCUGAGCUGGAGCAGGCCUUCGCUGUGACUCCGUACCCGGACAUCACCCUCAGGGAGAGGCUGGCUGCACACACACACCUGCCAGAGAGCAAGAUACAGGUCUGGUUUCAGAACAGAAGAGCCAGAAGUAUCAAAACAGGCAGACUCAGCAGACCCACCAAGUCCGACGGGGCAGGACGGGGUUUCCUGGAGCCCCCUGCUGGACAUGGGGCCUCCGCUUACCCAGCCACAACCGGCCUGGCGGAUAUAUUCAGGCAGGAUCAGAGCCACUCCUGUGAGGAGGUGCCUCCUCUUUACUCCGACUGGAUCCAGAUUUACAGCAACCAGGCGUCGUCCACGCCUCCUCCGUGUCCGUCCCUUCCUCAGCAGCUCCAGAGCUGUUCCAAAGCGCCAGACGGUCACCGCUGGGAGGAAGAGCAGCAGCUGGGCUCGAGAUUCAGCAGCUUCAUUACUGGCUCAUUUCCGCAGCCAAUCAGCAGGCAGAGUCAUCACCAUCCCUCCACGCGCUCGUACCAGGCGUUUACGAACUUCAAACCUCAGAGCCUGGCUCCGCCUCUGACCCAUCAGCACAUGUAUGGAGGCAACGCUGCAACUGGAGGACACAGCUCAGUGGACCAGGUUGUCCCUUCACACCCUCAACCAAUGUACUGGGAGGUCACUCAAGGUCAAGGUCACCGCCAUCAUCAUCAUCAUCAUCAUCAUCCGCAAAUAGGACCUCAGACUUCCAUGGGAUACAUCUCAGAUCUGAUCUACAAUGCCGCCAUUGUGACCAAUUUUCUUGAGUUCUGAUGACCAAUGAACAUAUUUGGACCCAUUCCUGUCCAAUUUAGUAAUUGAUAAAUCGUUAACUGGAGUAUACAGAUUUAAAAGGGUAAUUUUGCUGAAAGAGCAACACAGAUUAAGCCAUAACUGUACAAAAAAUAUACACAUUUUGCAUUUAACCCCCCUCUCCCCCGCCGCCUUUGUGAAUACCCUAAACUCCUCGAGUGGCACAGCUUCACUGGGUUCAAAUUCUGUAUAAAAAAAAAUCCAUCUGGUACCUAAUUAUUAGAUCAGCUCUACACUGUAAUAAUGUUAAGACGAAAUAUUUUUCAGAUGCAGAUGCAUCCUUUAAAACAAAUGAUCACACAUGCACUAAAUGAAAAUACACUUAUUUUAUUGCAUUUUAGGCAAUAAAAUGUUUAUUUUCUUAUUUAAAAAAGGAAUAGAUUCAUGUUUAUUUGCAUCUUUCUAUGUAUUUCUAAAAUUGCUUAAAGACUUAAGUGGUUAAGUGAAUUUUUUUUUAUCUGAUUAAUCGAUUCAACGUCAAAGAAAAGGACAGAAUAGUUACUAAAUUAAUACUUACAGUCCUACCUCCAAGUUACUUUUUGUUCCUAUCCUUCUUACUUGCUGAAUGUAUACCAGAUUGUUAAAUAGUACUGCUGUUGUUGUCUGACAUUUUGUAAUGCUGUUUUGUAAUCAAUAUAAAAAAAAUAUUAGGACAUUAUCUGACACCUGCAUUGUAAUAAUGUUUGUCUGAAGCUAAGUAUUUUUGGUUUUACACAUGUAGUAAUUUAUUAAACCAGGCUUGAGCCUUACUGAACUUUUUUGACUCCAGAAUUCAUGCGCAUAGCACAGAUGAGCUACAUUUCACAUCAGACCAAGUCAACCACAGUAUGGUUAUCUUGUUUGUGACAAAGUAAAUCCCACCUUUAUUAAAUCGGGUUUGAGUUAGUUCGCUAACUGGCUAACAAUUUGACUAUUUUUGGUUAACUGUUUGGCUAACUGUUUGGUUAUUAUUUGACGAACUAGCCAGCUAGCUAACCUGCUAAUUAGCUAAUUGACCAUCCAGUUUUAUUUUUGGAAAGCUGAGUUUAGCUCUUGUAGAGUUAGUGAAUAAUUUAAUGUAAAAUCUGUCUGGUAACAUAAAGUAGAGUAUAAAAUGUCAAAAGCAACACCUCAUGUUCAAAUCUGACAAAUAUCACGGUCUUGUAGCACACCAGUGUUUUUGUUUUCAACUACCAAUUGAAAAAAGUUGGAUAGAAUUUCUGACUAUUGCAUUAAAUUAGAUUGGAUUAGAAGAGAUUUAUUUCAAACAUGUCAGAAAACACAAAACAUCUUUAAUCCUUUUUGUCAAAACUUAAUCAAUUUUGUGCCAACAGCUCAACAUCAUUAGAAAAAUAAAUACGUACAUUUUACAUGUGGCUUACAGCUCAGUAACACAUAUUAUUUGAAUAGCAUUAUUCUGGUUAAAUGUUAAUGUCCCAUUGGUGUAGCUGAUGAAUCUGUAACUGCUUUAAGCUCAGUAAUAUAAUAGUACAUAGUAAAAUGUAUAAUGGCUUAAAAUAAGUAUGAAGAUUUCUAAACUAUUUUCAGCCUUCAACCAGAACUAAUUUACACAAUAACUCAAGACUGUUUUCUUUUUUAUAUACUGCUGAACAUCAAUAAAUAUGCCAGAUUAAUUAAAUGGCCAAUUUUACUUUAUGAAAAAAAUAAUUCUCAGUCAUCCACAGUAUACAGGAACUUAAAAAAAAGUUUAGGUAACAUUAAACUAAUCCAAAAAAUACACUAGGUUAGGGAUCUUUUUUGUACAUCUUUGCUAGUCUUUAAAUGUGGAGGUGGGCUAAUUAAAAGUAACAACAAGCAGCAAACAAACAUAAAUCUGUUUAUUCUAAAUAUUUAUUUGUAAAUUUAGAAGAUAUAAAACCAUUUGAUCCACCUUCAAGUGAACCGUAAGUGAAGUUUUGUCCUCCCAGAUGCAGGCUUGUGUUUUCCUGCAUGACAUGUUUAACUUCUGUGACCCAUGAGUAUUAUCCUUCCAAAGUAAUACCGAUUAAAAUGAUUACUUGGGGUAAGAUAUGAUGACAGGAAUAAUUAUUUUCCUAUAUCAAAAUAUUUUCCAUAACUCUCUGUAUUCUAAGAAUAGGGGGUUUAGAUGGACAAGAGGAAAUGAAAAAAAUAAAUAAGAAAAAUAAGAACUAAAUUAAAGCCAGAGCUCAAGGUCUAUCAGCUUACAGGCCAAAUAAUUCGGCAUGGAUUUAAGUUUUGAAAUAUUACAUGAGAGGGGUAUAAUACUCAGGCAAACAUGACAGACAGGAGAGCUGGACACAGAUCGCUCUAUAUCAUAAUCAUCUUUAAUACCAAAUAAUCUUUCAAUAAACCUUUAAUCCGGGUGUCAAAUCGCAGAUCUUAGGAGGAUACUUUAUUGUAUUCCAGAUGUGGUUACAUCUUUUAAUCCAUCCACUGAUGUAUCAGGACUUGACAAGAGUGGUGUGGUUUACAAAAACAUGAAUUCAUAUCUGGGGAAGAGAUCAGG